AUGGCCGCCAUGGCCUACCCUGGCGCAGGGCGGCGGGAACCCGCCGGCCGCGAGCGGCGACCGCCGGCGCCUUCUAAGGCACCUCGCUCGCUGCUCCUCUUCCUCCUCACCACCCUCGCGGCAGCGGCGUCACUGCCAGCAGCCUCAUCCCAGCAGGACUGGACUGUCGUUACAGACUUCUCCAUGACCGGGGCGGGCGUGGAGGUGACGCGCGUGGGCGGCCCGCAGCAGCCCUUCCCCCGCUCCCCGCCACGCACCCUCGAUCCCCAGUUGCUCACCGACUUUGCCCCAGCCUUCAACCUGCUGCAAGACGUGGCCCCUGCUGGCGACAACAUGUUCACAGAUACCGCCGAGCAGUACGUGGCCACCAUCCACCACGGCUUUGUGGAGGGCGAGGGCGGGUUGGUGUACGACGACGCCGGCCGCGCCUACCACCCGCCCCACUUCUUCUUUGCACGCACCUCGCCGCUCCUGCCGCUGCCGCAGCGCUCUGUGGCCCAGGCGGCGGCCUCCUGCGAGCGCUUCUCCUCUCUGGCCAGCGUGGUGCAGCGGUACGGCCACAUGUACUACCACUUUGUGGAGGAGGCGCUACCCAGGGUUGCGCUGCUGAUGAAGAGCGGGCGGCUGACGUCUGACGUCAAGCUGCUGACCUGGGGCCAGCCGUACGAGGCGGAGUACCUGGAGCUGCUGGGCGUGCAGCGCUCCCAGAUCGUGCCGUACAACGCCAGCAGGGUGUACUGCGCGGACCGCCUGCUGGUGCCCACCCCCACUCCCCGCAUCACGCCGCCUCGUGAGGGCCUGCAGCUGGUUCGCCAGGGGCUGGGCGUGCAGACGCUGCCAGAGGCCCAGCGCGACCUGCUCAUCUACGUGUCCCGCAGCGAGGAGCCCACGCGGCGGGUGGCUAACGAGGAGGCAUUGCUGGCAGCCAUUCGCGCCGCCUUCCCCCAGCAGCCGCUGGUGGUGUUCAGCGGCGGAGUGGGCGCCGCCGAAACCGUCGCCCUGUUCCAGCGCGCGCGCCUGGUGGCGGGGCCCCACGGCGCCGGCCUCUCCCACAUCCUCUUCUCAGCGCCGGGCACCACAGGCAAGUUGGUGGAGUUCCUGUUCAUGGCUGACCCGCCCCUCAUGUUCUGGCACACCGCCGCCGCGCUGCAGCAGCAGUACUGGCUGCUGCCGGUGCCGCAGGCAUACUGGAUGCAGGAGGCGAUGCAGGUGCCUGUGGAUGAGGUGGUUGACAUCCUGACGGCGGCGCUGGCCCCCAAGCCUCCCUCCCCUCCCGCCUGCAUCCCCGGCACAUACGCCGACACACGCGACGGCCCUGCGCGGUGCACCGCCUGCGCCGCUGGCACGUACGCCUUCAACGCCGGUGCCGCGGCAUGCAAGCCGUGCGCGGCGGGGCGCGUGGCGUCGGCCCUGGGCAGCGCCGCCUGCCGCACCUGCCAGCCCGGCACCUACAGCAGCGCCGAUGGCCGCGCCUGCCUGCCGUGCCCAGAGGGCACCUUCAGCCUGCUGCCCGGCGCGUGGAGCGUCGCGCAGUGCCUGACCCCUGAGCAGCGCCGCCAUGAGCAGGAGGGCCAGGCCGCCAGCGUGCAGCUGCUCAGCAAGCUGAGCCCCGUAUUUGCCGACCAGCGCCGCCUGCUCGCCCAGCAGGGCGGCGGCGCCGGCUUGACCGCGGCCGACCUCUGCGCUGCCCAGCAGCUGGCAGCCGGCUCGUCUGAUCUGUACCGUGGCCCCUACCUGCUGCCAGGCGGUACCAUCAACUGCACGCAGGCGGUUGUGCCGACCUUCCCCGAGCCCAGCCCACCCAUCAUCCUCAUGGCCGGCUCCCCGCCCCCACCCCCGCCUGUGGUGGCGUUUGCGCCCUCUCCAGCGGUGGCGCUGCCACCGGUGGAAGUCCCCACGCUGCCCCUCAUCCUGCUCUCCCCGCCCGCGCCGCCCAUCCAGCCCGUGCCGGCCGAGGUCAAGGCUGCGGAGGUGCCGACAGUGGAGGCGCCGCCGCCGCCCGCCGCCUCUCUGUACCCCGAGGAGAAGGCGGUGGUGGACGACUACGUGAUCAUACUGGUGUGCGUGCUGGGAGGCCUGGUGGUGCUGCCACUGCUGGCCUGGCUCAUCCGGCGCUGCGUGCUGGCCCGCCAGCACCGCAAGUCCCGCGCCGCCGCCGCUGCCGGCUCCGCACCCAUCCUGGGCAGCCAGUACGCGUACAGCAACCCCACUUUCCAGCCUGGCCAGGGCAAGGCGGUUGAGGGCGGCGACACGGCGCCGCUGCACAUGAUCCCCGCUAUUUGA